AACAACAACAAAAAAUAUACAUAAGUAGGCUAAGCAGAAUUGGAGAGAGAACCCAAAGUACCAAUGAAGCUCAAGUCAGUGUAAAACGGGAAGCAGCCAUGGCGUUAAGAGAGUUAAAAGUUUGUCUUCUGGGGGACACUGGAGUUGGCAAGUCCAGUAUCGUGUGGAGAUUUGUGGAGGACAGCUUUGAUCCAAACAUCUUUCCAACUAUUGGGGCAUCUUUUAUGACCAAGACUGUUCAAUACCAAAACGAAUUGCACAAGUUCCUCAUUUGGGACACGGCAGGACAGGAGCGGUUUCGAGCUCUGGCACCGAUGUACUACAGAGGCUCAGCAGCGGCCAUCAUAGUUUAUGACAUCACAAAAGAGGAAUCCUUCCAAACGUUGAAGAACUGGGUGAAGGAGCUGCGUCAGCACGGCCCCCCCAAUAUCGUGGUGGCCAUCGCCGGCAACAAGUGUGAUCUGUCGGACGCCAGGGAGGUCUCAGAGAAGGACGCCAAGGACUACGCCGACUCCAUCCAUGCCAUAUUUGUCGAGACCAGUGCCAAGAAUGCCAUUAAUAUCAAUGAGGUGUUUAUAGAGAUAAGUAAGCGUAUCCCUGUCGCAGUCGCGGCUGGGGGAACGUCGGGAAAAGGCUUCAAACUGGGGCGACAAGAAUCAGAUUCUCGCAGGACGUGCUGCUGAUGAUGCCGGUGACGUUUUCCUAACCUCAUCCUCCCAAUGUACAGCUAUCAACACGAACAUACUGAGCGACAAAAACAAUGCACAUGUAAUGAGUCAGUUACAGAAGAAAGUCGACAAAUAAUCUGGUUGGUGUCGCUUGUUUAUCAUCUCCCACCCAUAAGACGUUUGAGUAUUUUUUUUUUUUUUAAGAGGGCUUAAAUUAUUCUUUUUAUUAAUUAUUUCUCCAUUUGAUAAAAUUGACUUUUCUCUACAAUCUGUAAUUUUGUAUGAUUGAUUCCUCAUGUUGGAAAAAGAUCAUGCCAACUACAAAUGCAGAAAUGGAUUAAUAAUGUGAGGGAGCCAUUGGCCUUUUAAAUGAUAUUGUUCCUGUUCAACUACUCACAGAAAGUUAGGGAUGGGUUUACGGCUGAAAUUUCACAAUGAACCUAAAAUACAUUCUAACCUUGACACUUGAACACAGUUUAUCUUCUCUAAAGUUUUGAGUGCA